CUGGUAGCCCUGGCCUUGGGUGGUGCCGCACUCGGCUUGUACCUGCAUCACAGGUAUUAUCGUCAGUGCAUCGACUGGUGUGGAGAGGUGAAGGUGGGCCUGACGCACCACGUGACCCUCCACGCCCGGUUCACCGUCGCUAAACUGGAAAGGAGAACUACCCCAUUUUCUCCCGACUCCUUUUGUUUUAAAGCCAAUAAAUCUUAUAACAGCUUUCUGUUCGUGUUUGCUGUGAACACAGAACUUGGAAGUUCGUCAUUCUUUAAAUUUAUCGCAACACCUGUGUUCUUUCGUAUUUCCAUUAGGCACAGUUGAUUUUCUGCUAAAGAAAAGAACGAUAAUUUUUGUGUGGCGUUUUUGUUAAACACGAACCAUGUUUGACUUUCUGCAGUAAGUUGAUGGAUCUCUUUCCUGACUGUUUCAAUAGGGGAAUUGCACUUGGUUUUUUCUACGGUUCCUCGUUAUUUUAAAGAAAACGUUGUUUACCAGCUUUAAGUGGCCUAUGGUGAACAAAAUGGCGAGAGCUUUGCUACUUUUUUAGACGGAACUUUAUGCGUGGCCAGCUGAGUGCCUGUCGGUCAGUUGAUGUGAUUGUGCUGUACGUGGCGAAUGGAUGUGCCCCUGUGCCGAGUCUGGCCCGUGAUAAGUUUGUUUUUCAGUGAAAGACGCAUGUACACUGAUGCAUGUCAAACUGUCUAAAAUCGCCCACCAUUUUCACAGGAAUGCUGGCUUGAUUUGGCACGCGGAGACAUUUCGCGCUUGGAAAGAGCAGGUAAUUUGCUCUGUGACCAAUGAAAACCACUGACACUGAACCAAAGGCUUGUUUAUCAGUGACAUGAUAGCUGAUUGGAUCUUAAAGUCUUGCGCAAUCGAUCUGAUUGGAAAACCACUUCUGGCUUUAUUUGGAAGCCAGAAUUAGGUGAUUGCUAUAACCAAAGCAAGUUUUACCACGGCCGAGAAAAAAAUGAAGCUUGGAUUUCUGACUUGAAACGCCGAUCUCAACAUUUAGGGUUUGUAUAGGACUGGACCUUUCUAAGAACAGGGUUGGACUGACACUGCUGUUAUAUUUUCUAGAAAAUGUAAAUAAAAAAGGUAGCAGAAAUAUGUUAUAUUCAAAAGUUGUAUUUUGAUCUUAUUGAAAUGGUCAAAACCCUAAUGUGGUGUGUGUAAAUAAAGGUCGCAUAAAACCUUGUUACCACGUCAGCUUCUACGGUUGUAAUUCAUCGUAGUUUGUGUUAUUCAAAGAAAUCACACACUUCUUAAUGCCGGUUUGAAAACUUGUGAAGGCAAAUCGUCCUGGUCGGCAAAAUCUCGGCUGAGGUGAAGAAGGAAAUGCCAGCAUCGGGACCAGCGGGGGAGUGGUGUGACUCUCUGUCUCCGUUCCGGAGAUGGAUGUCACUGUUUAAAACGAACUGAAAAAGUCAGCACUUCAGUUUGGAGUUUUAUUGUUUACGAAGAAACACAAUCGCUUCUCUCCUCCCCGGGCCGGACUUACAACCCGGAUGCGCCACAGGUAGUCGGCUGACCCCGCUCGCGAACUUUAUUCCAGCGCGUUGGAAAUCGCCCCGUUUGAAGGUAAUUUGAUGCUGUAGUUGGAUCAAUGUUCUGUCGAAUACCAAUCUGGCCACGGACCAUAAGUAAGAGACCACGCAUAGGCCGUAACCAGACUGUACGAUCAAAACUCACAACGAAUGAUUUCAGUAGCCACCCACUGCCACAUAAAACAUUCACAGCAGCUGUUCUUGGUCGAACGUAUUUUCGACAACUGGUCUGAUACUCGCCGCCGAAAGAAGUAGUUCGUUAUUGAUUUGGAUUUUGGAAAAGAAGGAGUCGAGGUUUUUCGAAGAUGGUGCAGCUGGGCGUGAAUCUUGACGGCCAGAAGGGGGAUCCGGUUAAGAAGCCACCGGAGAGCUGUCAGGUGCCUAUCCCGACCAAGACGGAUGACCUGGUCACUGUCAAGGCAAGCGGAUCGUGCUGUAAGACAGUGACCAUCUUAUCGGUGAUCGCUGUCCUGAUCCUACUGGCCGUCGGAGCCACACUCCUGGGCAUCUUCAUCAGUCGUAACCACGAAUCCUGGAAGGAUGGCCAUAACGGGGAUGACUCGGACCCCGAUAGUGGUCAUUGGAACGACGGUGGGAUGGUAGAACCCUCGAAGAUGGAACCCACGAAAGUGGAACCCACGAAAGUGGAACCCACAAAGAUGAGACCUACGAAAAUGGAACCCACGCCGACGAAACAUCACGGCGGUGGAUCCCACGAUGGUCAUUGGCAUGGCAACUGCUCACAUCACGGUGGUGGAUCUCAUGGCAAUGGAUCCCACAGUGGUGGAUCUCACAGUGGUGGAUCUCACAGUGGUGGAUCUCACAGUGGAGGAUCUCACGGUGGAGGAUCUCAUGGCAAUGGAUCCCACAGUGGUGGAUCUCACAGUGGUGGAUCUCACAGUAGUGGAUCUCAUAGUGGUGGAUCCCACGGUGGUGGAUCCCACGGUGGUGGAUCCCAUGAUGGUCACCACCACUGCGACUCUUCCCAUGGCGGCGGAUCCCACGGUGGGCACGGCGGUGGUGGUGGUCACGGCGGCCAUGGUGGUGAUCACGGCGGUCAUGGUGGUGAUCACGGCGGUCAUGGUGGUGAUCACGGCGGUCAUGGUGGUGAAGAAGAUGACAGUGACCAUUUCAAUCCCGGGGACGAGACUGAUCACUUUCCCGAUGAUCACCCGUAGCGAGUGAACCAGCGCCCUCUCCACUAAUCGGGGCAACCGAGUGCCACGUUUUCCAAUCAGCAGCCUCGGAUAUUGCGGCACUGUGUCCAACAUUUCAACAGAAUACAAAUAAAUCCAUUCUUCGGAAAUGCAGAAGAAGAAACGCUUGAAACAAGAAGAACAAGUGAUUUUGCAGUCACCGGAGGAAUUUUUAAACUACCUUGAUAAUCUAUAUGAGUUAAAUAAGUGCGCAGCAAAUUUUUACACAUCGACAGACAAUAUCAUCAAUAAGUACAAAAGAUUCACUCCAGAUGUCGGCACUGUUGUCCAAGAAAACGAUGCAAAUAAGCCUUUCAGCAUUGUACAAAAUGUCUUCAAUUAUAGAGGCUCUUUCAACACAGAAAGCAGUCAGCUACCAACAAUUCAGGCAGGACAUCAGGGAUUGAAUUCUGAAACCGAGAGUGCACAUUUAAAGAUGGCGGAAUCGUUAAUGCCUUGAAGAUAUAGAAAGUAAUUAUUGAUGCACCAUCAUAAGAUAAUGUUAAUGUUAAAAGCAAGAGCCCAACUCUGUUAACGUCUGACAAUCUUUGUCAAAUGCCUAAUAUAAACUUCAUUCUGGGUACCAAUCACAUACACAUGUAAAGAGGUCGUGAGACGACAGGUGGCGUCUGAAUUGCUUGUAUUUUGAUGGUUUAUAUUUAUAAACUUUCGUCAUAUGAUGUAGUCCUUGAAUGGCAACAAAACCGCUCUGCACUUUUAUUAUGAGUUUGUGAGAUUACCGUUUGGUGAUGAGACAUGUUUAACCGAUGUGAAGCUUAUUAUGCAAAACUCGUGGGCUAUUUUCUUCACCGCUUUGCUCCAAUAUUCUAAUAAAUCUGAGCUGUGAGUGGCAGUUGAA